AUGAAAGUUGCUAUAAAAGAUAUUGGAGCUGCACUUGAAAGUUGUAAAGUAGCUCGACGUGUAUCGAAUAAUGAUAUAUGUGAAUUUUGGUCGAAUAAAAUUCGUAUAGAACAAUAUAUAUUAUACAAUUUACAAGAACCAAAUUCAAAUCGAUUUCCAUCCAUUGAACAAGCACAAGUAAAAAAUGAAAAAGAAGAUAUUGCAAAUACAUUUUUAUCAUCAUCUCUUCAACAAUCUCCACUUACAACUGAUGGUUCAACAAGAGACAAAACACCAAUUAUAGAAGAAACAAACGUAUUAAAAGAAAUAACUAAUGAAGAACAAAAUGAAAAUGAACAGAAUAAACAAUCACCAUUGGAUAUUGCUGCUAUGGAAAAGAAGGAAGAGGAAGAAGAAAAAAAUGAAAAAGAAACAAAAACAAGUACUCCUGUUACUCCAUCAUCUGCUCUUAAUCCAGAUGCAACUCCUUUUAAUACCGUAUCGAGAAAUGGAAACGAAAAUAUACAAUCGGUAUCUACAGGCGAUGAAAGUGAUGAUGAAAAGGAUUCAAAUGAUACACCAAUUACAUCUGAUUCAGCUGAACGUCCUCGUAUGCCCAUCAAAGAAGAAGUAAUUGUCGAUACAAGUUUAAUGCCAUCAACACCUUUAAUUAAAUCUUGGUUACCAAUAGAAGUAACUCAUAUUGAAACACCAACUCGUUUCUAUAUUCGUUAUAUAUAUGGUCCCAGUUGGAACCUAGGCAAUGGAGAAACACCUGAAUUACUUGAUCAAAAGGAAUUACCCGACAAAAAUGUUGUAUUGAAAGAAUUAACACAAGAGAUGACACAAUGUUAUAAUAAACAUAAACGUAUUUGUCCAGGUACUAAUUAUGAUGAAGGUGAAUUAGUCGCUGUUAAAUCACGUUUACAAUGGCAUCGUGGACGUUUUAUACAAUAUAAACCAAAUAUAGAUUUCGCACAUAUAUUCUUUGUUGAUUAUGGUUAUACACGUUCAUUACCUAUACAAAUGAUUCGACCAAUUAAUAAUCGAUUUGUAGUGCAUGCAGAACAAGCUCAUCUAGUACAUUUACAUCAACCUGGACAACGUCGUGGACGUAUUGAAUGGAAUAGAAAUGUUAUUGAGGAAUUUGGAGAAAUGACUAAAGAUGGAACCUGUUUGUAUGCAAGAAUUAUCAAUGAACCGAAUACAAUUGAUUUAAUGUCUUUUGAUCCAUUAACAAAAAAAUGGUUUUCAUUUUAUGAACAUUUUGUUAAACAUUUAAAUGAUAAUGAUAAAAUAGAAGAAAAAACAGAAUAA